ACAGAAAGACGCAAAGAAAGUCUGCGGUUUUCAUUCUUAAAGAUUAUAAAUAUAUUUUAUUAUCUUCGCCGCAAUGGGAACUUUAUCUUUGAAGGAUUACGAGGAGGUGAGAAUACCCGCACCCUGGGGCCACAUAUCGGGACGUUGGUAUGGAAAUCGGACAGAACGUCCCAUCCUGGCUCUCCAUGGUUGGCUCGACAACUCUGGCACCUUCGACCGGCUGAUUCCCCUCUUGCCCGACUACAUCGGAGUACUCUGCAUCGACCUGCCGGGCCAUGGCAGAUCCUCGCCCUUGCCGCCGGGAGUGCAGUACAGUAUUAACGACUAUGUCUACAUCAUACCCAGAGUAAUGAGGGAGUACAACUGGAAGAAGGUCUCUUUGAUGGGCCAUUCCCUGGGCGGAGUGCUGAGCUUUAUUUACGGGGCGUUAGCCCCGCAUACCAUUGACAUGAUAAUAUCUUUGGACAUCUUGAUUCCACUGCGAGUGGAUAUUGAUAAUAUAGCUAGCAGCUUGGAGAAGCUCCUGGUGGAGGAGGAGCGUCAGGACCAGGGAAACCUUCACGAACCGCCGUCCUACACCUUCUCUCAGCUGGGGACCCUUCUCGCCAAAGGCAGCCACAACUCUGUGACCCCCGAACUCGCCCCACACCUGCUGCAUCGGCAGGUGAUCAAAUCGCAACUUUAUCCGGAGAGAUACUACUUCUCGCGCGACGGAAGGGUCAAGUACUACCACUACAUUGACAUCGACCCGGGACUUGAUGCGGAAAUGGCCAGACAGCUCCGGAGAAAACCCUUCCUCAUCAUCAAGGGUGCCAUGUCACCGUAUCUUCCAUCUCGAGUGCCUGCGGAGGGUCCAAUGUCCAUUUUGGCCGAAAACAAUCCCCAUUUCGAGUUUCACAGCAUCGAGGGCGGCACCCACCACAUCCACCUGCACGCCGCGGAGGAGUGUGCCCGGUACAUAGUGCCCUUCAUCCAGAACCAUCGCCCUCCGCCCCUGACAUCCUGGUCAUUAAAUGGAAAAGAAGAGGAUCGAAGCCACAAGAUACAGAGUCGAAGAAACGGCCUGUUCGGUUGGGGCAAGAAAAGGCGAAGCAAGCUAUGAACUAGUUACUAGUGGGUCAUAGUCCGAUUAUGGGCUGAGCGACCAAGGUUCCGUCUUAUCUAAAGAUUAUUGUACUAUAGAAGUUGACCUGCGCUAAUCAUUGAACAUGAAGACAAUGUUAUAAUCACGCUCAUAUGCAUUUUCAA